AUGUCUAACUUCAAUUUGGAUCAGAAACUUCUCGAAAUCCCCGCCGAACACCAGGACAUUAGGGAAAUGAUUGUGGAACCCAUUACUCCGAGUGAUUCGUAUUCGUCUCCCGAUUCUUACAGAGAUUGCAGGAAUUAUGGCGCCGCUCCUACACAAUUUCUGUAUAAGGAUAGCGUUUAUCCAAUGGAUAAUUUUGUUGCUGAACAUCCUAAUUCUGAGAUUUUGAACAAUAACAUCAUUGCACAACAACCCUUACCUGCAUCAAACGUUUAUUCCAACAACUGGUAUGCCAUAAAAUACGAUCAAGCUAUGGAGCAUCCUCAAUCGCCCAAAUCAAACCCAUCGAGCAAGCCGCGGCCAAUGGUUUCAAAACGUGCAAGAACCCAAUACACCUCAUUUCAACUAGUGAAACUCGAACAAGAAUUCCUGAACAACAAAUACCUUUGUCGUCCGAAACGCAUCAACUUAGCACAAGAGUUGAGCUUGACCGAAAAACAAAUCAAAGUUUGGUUCCAAAAUCGCCGCAUGAAGCACAAAAAGGAGAGCAAAUUGAAUAAAUCAACCGGUAGCGAUCAACGUUCUUCUCCAAGCGCAAGCAGCGGAUCAGAAAGUGGAGCUCUUCCAAUUAAAACUGAACGUCCCAGUAUCACUCAGCGCUUGCUCGAUCAUUCAGUGGUACCCCAAGGACAGUAUACUUCACCGUUAACAGCAGGUUCAGCUUUUCAUCCACCAGCUCCAUGGUCUGGCAAUAUGUACGAGUCGGCACAACAAUAUCAUCAACCGCCAGCUUACGGUGAACAGUUGGCACAUUUCCCAUUGCACAGCAGCUACAGUCCAGUGUUACCAUCUUAUGCCAACGAAAUGGCCCCACUUCAAACAGGAUUUAAAAAUAUUGGAUAUUUCUCUCAAGAGAAUAGAGAAGGUAUGUCGCCGCAGUUUGCAACUUUUGUCGAUUCGCCUACUAGUUAUCCUAUUUGGACUGAUGAUUCUUUUGCCGUGGAAGUGGAACCGCAAGAGAAUGGUCAAGGGGGAUUGACUCAAUUGUAA